AUGCUCGCCGCCGUCGGACAGAUGUGCUCGACGAGCAACCUCGCCCUCAACGCCAAGUUGUGCACCUCGAUCAUCCGCCGCGCAGCCGCCGCUUCCGCACGCAUCAUUCUCCUCCCUGAAGCAUGCGACUUCCUUGGUGUCCAGCCCGACGAGACGCACAAGUACAGUCAGUCGCUGGACGACAGCGAGUUUGUCAAGGCGGUCAAGGGGCAGGCGAAGGAUAGCCAGAUCUGGGUGGGCGUGGGAGUGCACGAGAAGGCGGAGGAGGACCCGAAGAAGUGCUACAACGUUCACCUGCUCAUCUCGCCGCAAGGUCAGAUCGUCCAGCGGUACAAGAAGAUUCACCUCUUUGACGCCAAGCACUCGGGAAAGUCGAUUCUCGAGUCCAACACGACUCUGCCCGGCAAGGAGCUGAUGGACCCGGUGGAGACGCCUGUUGGGAAGCUCGGACUCUUGACCUGCUACGACUUGCGUUUCCCCGAGGUCGCGCUGUCCUUGCGGCGGCGAGGAGCGCAGCUCAUCGCGUACCCUUCAGCCUUCACGCUUCGUACCGGCCCGCCUCAUUGGGAGGUGCUCCUCCGCGCACGAGCUAUUGAGACACAAUGCUACGUUCUCGCGCCUGCACAGAUCGGCCAGCACUCCGAAACGCGCACCUCCUACGGCCACGCCCUCAUCGUCGACCCAUGGGGGCAAGUGAUUGCCCAAGCGCCCGACCGGCCACCUACGUACCCGCCCGACGAGCAAGAUGAAGACGCGGGGACGUUCGUGACGGCCGAGAUUGAGCUUCCGUGGCUCGAGCAGUUGAGGGAGGAGAUGCCGCUUUGGGAGCAGAGGAAGAGUUGGAGCGAUGGAGUGUAUCCGAUCCUGUAG